AUGGCGACGCAACCAUCACGGAGGAAUCUCAGUGCAGGGGAUAGCCAAGAAAAGGUUGGACGGAGAGACUACAAUACACCCGGAACAGAACGUGCUUCAGCGUCACAACAACAAGUCCAGCACGAGCAAGUUUACACUAUCUCUGGCGUCGACCUUACGAACUGCGUCAUGGAGGAGAAGCAGUACGCUAACAUGACGCCGAUGGAGAGGUUCUUGCGCGAUGGAGGUGGUAGCUUGCAGCGCAAAAUGAAUAAAUCGGUGCCCAAGGCGUUGUUGUGA